AUGGUACAUGUUUGUGCCUUAAUGCUUAAUGUCUGUUUCUUAAUGCUUUGCUUAAUGUUUGGUCGUGACAAGUCUGCACUGACCCGGAAGAUUACCAAAGUCUUCACCAACAAAUUUGAUGGUCCCUUUUAUAGCUGGAGACGAGUGCCUCAUGAAAGACAAGAGAGAUUCUUUGUUGAAUUCGCGAAAACUCACACCUGGGAUCCAUUAAUUACCGGUGUGGUUCAGGCAAAAUUUGAGAGCAUAUGUAAAAGCAGGAUGAAAGAUAUGGUCAGCAGAGCAAGAACUUCACGCGAGCAACCGCACUGGAUUGGAGAUACCCUGUGGAGAAAGAUGACUGCGUUUUGGGACUUAGAGAAAUCAAAAGAGAAGAGUUCAACGACAUCAGCAGCUCGGAUGUCUGAACGUGGCGGACUAGGUCCUCAUGUUCACUAUUCAGGUCAAAAGUCCUAUGUACAAAUCCAACAGGAAAUGGAAGAUGAAUUGGGAAGACCUGUGAGUCUUGGUGAAGUUUUCACCAAGACUCAUACAAAAAAAGAUGGUACUUAUGUUGAUGGAAAGGCGCAGAUAGUUGUUGAAACAUAUAAGAAGAACCUGCAAGAGAAGUUGUCUGCACUCGGGUCUUCAGAGCUAUCCGUAGAAGAGGAGAAUGACCUAUUUCUUCAGUCCACUAUCAUGAGUGAAAGAGGAGUUCCAUAUGGAGUUGGAAGCCUCUCACAAUCACAUGUUAAUGGAAAGCGGAAGUCUCCGGGAAGCUCCUCAGCAUACAACAGCCUUCACGAACAGCUACAACAAUCUCAGCGAGAGAUAGAAGUACAAGCGGCUGAAAAUGCAAGACGUGAAGCAGAGUUUUUGGCUACACAAGCUGCACAACAAGCGAAGAUCGAUCAGCUCACACUGGUUGAAAGGUAUUUAACUCAAACUGAUCCUAAGUUUGCAGACUUUUUGGCUACACAAUCUGCAUCGACUGCAGAAACUACUACUGAUUCUCCAAACUCAAACUGA